AUGUCAGCUUUAGCAAAGCAAAAUACACCACCGCCCAUAUAUUUAAUCAACUUUGAGAAUUACCUGAAACCUAAGCAAAAAAUCCAGUGUCAGCCACUUCAGCGUUUCGAGAAACCAGUUGGUUCAACCUCAUAUCUUAUCAAGAACAUAAAACGAUUAAAGCUGCUUAGAUGGUAUGGUAGUGUCUCAAAACGCAUAGGGCAAGUGCCACUGCCCAGAUUCCUAAGAUUUCUGCGAGCACGAAAUGAUGAUGGCCUUUGUAAACGAAAGACAGGAUUUGAGAUCUACUGCGAGAUGGCCAGCAUCCAUGGUUUUCACAUUUUUGUGGGCGCCAAAACCUGGCAGCGAAUUCUCUGGUGGCUCCUCAUUUGCACUGCUGUCUUGCUUUCACUAAUCAUAGUAAUAAUGUCACUUUCGAUGUCCGAGGAAACGCCAACCAUACGCUUUAUAGACACCAUGAUGAAGCCCACGGCGGAGGUUCCAUUUCCUGCAGUCACCAUUUGCAGUUUCAAAACCAUUUCCAGGCAAAGAUUGCAGACUAAAGCAAAGGAAUUGGGAGUGUCAACAGAGCGUCUCCAAACAUUUCCAGCUUUGAACUCUUCUGUAAUAGAACAGCUUGGAAAUACAAGUUGGCUAGAACUUCUGGAAGAUCUAGCUCCUCCCAUAUGCCCGCAAAUCAAAUUCUGUCAGUGGGAAAAUGGCGUAGAUAACUGCCUAGAAAAACUUCUGCCCAUUUGGACUCUUGAUCAACGCCUGUGCUGCAGUUUUAACUACCGACAGCAGCUCUUUAGCUCUCAUUUAGGAGUUGGUAUUGUAUUAAGGUCUAAAGAAGAGGAUCUCAGUGCCCUAGAGAUUCUUAUACAUGAAUCCCACGAAAUACCCACUGAGGCUACUCCGAGGUUAAUGGUGCCCAGCGGAUCAGAGGCUCACAUAAUGCUGCAACCCUUUGUUAAUCGAUUCUCAAAAAAUCUAGAGAGUAUUCCGCUUCAAAAACGAGGGUGUUAUUUCCCAAGAGAAUGUCAGUUAAUUUCUUCUGAUGUAUAUUACCAAAGCAUUUGUCAGGCAGAAUGUCGCACCAAAAAAAUGUUAAAAUUGUGCGGAUGUGUUCCCCCAAAUUAUCCUCGUCAGGAAAGCUGGUCAAUCUGCGACCUAAAACAAAUGCAGUGUGUAAUCAAUUUCGAUCAUGAUGAGAUCAUCAAAGGAGAACAAAAGAAUUGCGAAUGCCUUCCGCCAUGUGAAUUCAAUCGCUAUGAAUUCCAGGGUGAUAUAAGACUAUUAAAGAGGAUUUAUAAUAACAUGAGCAACAAAAGCAAUCCGAAGCGCACAAAUAAAGUGCGCCUCCGUGUCUACUACGACUCACCGAUUGCCGAAGAGCAGGUCUUGGACGAGUACGAGAACUGGCUAACAUUCAUGGGGACCUUCGGCGGAAUUACCGGACUAUUUAUGGGUUGCAGUUUCGUUUCGGUCUUCGAGCUGAUUUUCUUUUCGUGUGUUCGACCCACUUGCAACUGGCUGACCCGCCAGCAGAUACUCUGGCGACGUCGGAGGAUCCAGAGGGUGGGCGAUCCAACACCGGCGAGGUCAUUAGGGCUGGCUAAUUAG